GCCUACUUUCCAGUCACGUGCUGCCGCUGUAUAUGAGCAGUGCGCUUUCUUCAGUUGCAUUUCAAUCAGAAACACCAAAGCAGAAACUUCCUUUGCUUGCAGUCACAAUGCUUACAGUGAUCUUCUAUUAUAUCUUUCUGAGAAUGGUCUAUUCACAAGAAAUUAUCCAGCCCAAGUUCAUUGUAGCAACAGAACAUGCUGAGGCGACUCUGGAAUGUAUAUAUGCUUUAGAGGGAAAGCAUAAGCAUGUUACGCUGGAUGUGUUGAAAGGUCCAGAUCCAUUCUGCGUGCCUGUAUCUGUGAGGCAAAUAGAAAAUGGCACUGUUUUUAAUUCAAGUGUUAGUUUCAAACACUGCGAGGGAAUGGACAAAGGGGAUAGAGUCAUCUUCAAACUCUCAAACCUGCAAGAAAAGGACACCGACAUGUACUAUUGUCAGCUCAAUAUAAUGUAUCCACCUCCUUUUCGCAGUCCAAAGGGAAAUGGAACCCUGAUAAUAUUUCAAAGGAAAAAUAACAGUACAGAGCCGCCAUGUUCACCUACCGGUACUUCAAAGGACUCCAUAUUUUGGGUUCUGAAUGCAGUAAUUGUAAUGCUUGCCAUAUAUGGUAUGACCGUCUCCUUGUUAAUUUACAUCACUUGUUACAAAAUAAGACAAAACAAGCUCAUCCAAAAUGACUAUAUGAAUAUGAAACCGAGAGGACUCAAAAACAACAAGCAGCAGGGAGUACUCCACCCAAGCAGAAAUGGAAGAUACUGAGAAAACUUCUUUACAUAAAGGCAACUCUUCCUUCACAGCAGAAUGAACACUAUCUUGCUACUUAACAAAAAUGAACAGCAACAUGCUACAGCUUCAUGACAACUUUGCAGAAAUGCCAGACAUUGGUCUAAGGGUUGUCAUUGGUCGGCUCUGAAAAAAGGGUAACAUCAAGGCCUGGGUAUCAUUCUGACAUUAAGACUGAACUUUUGAUAUAUUUUGGAUAAUAUACCCUGUAUUUAACAGAUUUGCGGAGAAAAUAAAAGGCCAAGCUAUAUAAAAUAUAAUUAUCAAGGGCCCUUCUUUGUGCAUGGAAGGAACCGUUAAAGUCUGAUGCAAAUUAACAAUACAUUUUAAACCUUUUAGCAACUAGAGAUCUUUUUCUUUUCUUUUUAUAAUGAGACAAAAAUAAAAGCUAUGAUAAAAAUGUUCUGUAUUUGAAACUUUAAAACCUACAUCAUAAUUAAAGUG